AACAUAAAUAGCGGACCACGGGGAACCACACCUCAGACUCAACAUCUAGUGCACUUGGUGAACAACGCGCAGCGAAUACAAGCCAACUUGGAAUUUUACACAUAUCCUAUAUUUAAGCAAGACAAAAUAAUUUUUGAGAUAUGGAUAGACUUUUCCGCAUUUUUCUUGGACUGUGUGUGAUGCUGGCCGCGGCGCAGGCGUCCAAUGUUACUGUGUCCACACUCAAUACGACCGUGACCAACUCCACAUGUGGGACACGUCGCGCAUGUUUCUCUGAUCCAGUGUCCUGCAACCCCGCGACGGAUAGAUCAUGUCUGUUCGUCUCCACAAAGUCCGAUGGCAGUAGCAACCUGAAUUUUGAACUCCGUGGAGAGUCCAACGGCUACAUCGCCGUAGCUCUAUCAACUGACAUGAACGCGGGAGGCAACGACAAAACCUACAUUUGCGCUAACAACAACUCUGCUGUCCUGUUUGUCUUUGCCCUGCUGAACAACAGUGCACUAACCACUCAAAGUGACGUAUCAAGCAUUGCUAAUGUCAGUGGUUCAAUCAAUCAAACCACCAUUCAGUGUGUGUUUAACGUGAUUGGCCUGAACGCAACAUCCCGUGCCAAUGCUGCAACCACCUUUUCAAUUGUACUGGCCAAUGGGACUGUUUAUGCUAAUGGUUCACUUUCAAACCCGACUGUGCGAACAGUCACUGCACAGCUAGACCUGUCCAACGUCACUAGCACCAACACAGCAACAACAACUGUUGCUCCUAGCACCAACUCAACAAACGCCUCCAAUGUCACCACCACCACUGCCACCACCACAACAACCUCAGGGGCCAACAUUUCUCUGCAGCACGGUCUUUCACAAGCUGUAUUGAUCCUCCUCGGUAUCCUGGCCAUCGGGAUGAUGUGAGCUGUGCUGAGACAAUGCACUGGAUCGUCACUAUAUGAUGGUUAUCAUCGCCAUUUCACUCUAGCCAUUCUAUUUAAUGAGGUGUGUGUGUGUGUGUGUGUGUGUGUGUGUGUGUGAGAUGAUGGACAUAACCUUGAGGUGACUUGCAUCCACUUACUGUACUUAGACUAAGCAGACUGUGUGUGUGUGUGAGAGAGGAAAAAAAGAGACUGUGUCUAGAAACAUGAAGCCAUUGAUUGGUGGACAGUUACAUAAAUAUGUUUUUAAAAAGGUUUAUUUUUCUGUCUUUUAUAAUAAAUAAAUAUUAUCUCUUGAUAUUAA